UAUGGCGGGAUUUUGUUUUAAAAACUAGGAAAUGAAUAUUUUUCCCGAAGUUUACUACCUAUUCUAGAAGAUGUCAUGCUGGUGCAGUAUUUUGUAGGAAAGUAUAAUAGUGUGCUAAAAUAUAUAAAAUUUAGCAAAAUCUAUCGAUCUGUUAUAUUGACUUUCAUACAUUUUCUUUGUUCAGUGUUGUUGAAUGAAACGGAAGUAUACAAUGAUGAUGGAGGGGAGAUAAUAUUCGACAAGCAAAAAGAAAACAUGAAAUGAUCAUAUCUUCAAAAGAUAUUGCUGUUAACCUUCUUAAGUGCCUUGUCACAUUUUAUGCAGUUUAUUUUGCUGUUGGAAGUCUUGUCUAUGCCUCAUUUAGACAAGCAAAUUUUGAUGGAAAAAUCCCAUUUGAUUUUGAAGCAUGGAUAUAUUUAUCAGAAUGCUGCAGUGUGUACAAAGACAAAGAUUUGGUAAAUGUGAUAUCCAUGGAAGUGACCUACUUUAUCUGUGGUGUGAUAUUUGGAAUUCUAGUAAGGUCUAGAGUUUGGGAUUAUGCAAUUACAGUCACAGUUAUCCAUAUAUUAGUCUCUUGUUUAGUGAUGUUGGCUUUUCCCAUGAACUGGUCAUGGUGGGUGUGCUUAGGAUGUGGUUUAACAGUGUUGAUUUUGGUGGGAGAAGCUGUUGGAUUUGCAAGAAGAAAGAAAUCUUUAACCAAAGUUAACCCAGAACCCUCACAAACAAACACAAGCUACCUCUACAGAAAAGGAUAAAUACGGAGAGAUAUCUACGAUCUAUUAAGAGAAAGAAAGAUGUAGUUCCAGUAGCAGAGAUUGACCAGCUUCCAACUUUUAAUAGUCCUAAUACCUAGAUUGGACUAUGUAACAUUGGACCCUUUACAUUUAUUAAUAAUUGAUUAAAAUUCAAUGUCUAGCUGCACCAUACUUUUUUAUGAAGAAUAAGGGUACCUUUAGUGACUUCUUUCAGUAGGGGUAACUGAAUGUAUAAGAAUAAGAUGUAUGCAAUUUUUUAGUAUAAUAUCCUCUAGACUCCUACAUGAAUAAUUAUGUUCAAAACUGACACCAAAUAGUAUACUACAUAAGAGUUAAUUUUGUUUUAAAAAUGUCAUAGAAAAACUUAAAGGAAUAUAUAUGAAAGAGUGGAAAGUGAAGGUAUUUAAUGAUGUAAGAAAUAAUAAUAACCCAAAAUAUAAACUUUGUACAUUUCCUUAAUUAAAUCAUAUUUUAAUUUCGAAAUUGAAAAAGGAAGACACAAAUAACAGUCUAGCUUCUGAGCCUAUUUGUAAAUUUGCAAGGAGGAAGUGGAAGAUGCGGUCCACUUUCUCCUCACUUGUAAAAUUUUAGAAAAAAAUAUACAUCAGAGAUCUUUGUAAUACAUAGCUUAAUUUAAACAAAUGUAAGCCAGAAAAUAUGUUUAUAUGGCUAAUCGGCUAUGAGAAUCCAGAAGCCAUAAAAACAUUUGUAAUUUAAUAAUCAGUCUCUGGACUGAAAGAGAUUUGAUUUCAAAAACAAUAUGAAAUCCUUAAUGUUAGUGUAAUGAAUUGGUGAAUCAUUCCUAGGCAAACUUUAUAUGAUAUAUAUACAUGUGCAAUUUUGUACACUGCAAUAUUACAUUUUUACUUUAUUUUGUAAUUAUAAUGCCCUUUUGGGCAUUUUAUUUGACAAUAAAAUUAUUGUUUUG